UCUAAAUUCUCACUCAAAAGAUGAAGACGAAAAAAAGAAAGACUGAAGAAAAUAUUCUGGCCUGUUUUCUUCCAUCAUCAUCAUCAUCCCCUCCUUCUCAUCAUCACCGUCAUCAUCUACUUUCGUCUUCCUCCUCCUCUCAUCUUUAGGUCCAAGUAACGGUUUUUUCAACUUCGAUUCCAAUAUAUAAACUCAAUCGUUUUUAGGUUAACAUUGAGUCUUUUGUUUAUCAUUCAACUGUUAACAUUUGAUACUUGAUUUACUAUUUAGUUUCUAAUAUCAAUCAGCUACUGAUUGUUGAUCAUCAUUAGAUUUAAUCAUCUACUUUUUAAUCAAUUGCAACAAUAACAAAAAAUCCUCAACAUAUGAUUACAAUUUGUUCAAUUUAACAUUAACUUUAACAUCUUCAACCUGUUGUCUCAUUUUAAGUAAAGUUUCUUGAUAAUUAAGCAGAAAAAAAUGACGAAACUACAAUUUAGUUUCAUUGGUUUUCUCAUCGUUACAUUGAUCUCAUCGAUUUCGUCGACCAACACUACAAGUACCCAUUCAGCUAAUUCGACCUUAGGUAAGAUCGAAGGGCGAUCAGGUCGAGGUGACAUAAGUAUCGAAACUGAAAGUGAACCAAAUGAAAAAUUAGUUCGAGAUGAUUUUAACCUCAACGAACCAAACAACGCAAGUCUUUAUAUUGGCGAUCAACAAGGUGAGACAUUGAUUGACCUUGUUGACAUCGAUAAUACAACGUCAUCAACGGUGCCUAUGGGAAAAUCAGCCCAUAUAAUGGGUCGAUCUUCAAGAGCACUUGAUCUUGACCAUUAUCUGGGAGGUUCUCGUAAGGCUCGAAAAGAAUCUGGAAAUCGAGAAUCUCGAAUUUUAAAUGACAAUACUGACCUAACCUCGUCAUCAUCAUCUUCCUCCUCUUCAGCUAAACAACAAGGUCUCGCAAUCCAAGGAUUUAUACCGAUCAUCUCAUUAACUGGUUCCCCUGGUCAGUCAAUUUUAUCAUCAUCAUCUUCAUCUUAUUCUCAACCAGGAAAACAAUCAAACGAUUACAAUAAUCAAGGUGGAAAUGAUAAUAAUGCUGCUUAUCAAGAGGAGGGUUAUCUCCCACCCUCGGUGCCCUCCACAGGUUAUGCUGGACCGAAUGAUGCAAAAUUUUUGGGAGCCGCUCUUCAAGGAUUAACCGCCGCCUUUAAGCCUAAGCCUACAAGCUACGAGGCCAAUCUUUUUGAGUCAAACUAUUUUGGUGGUCAGUUGUCACCAAACGGUGGACAACCUCAGAGAGAUUGUGUUUGUGUCCCUUUCUACAUGUGUAAAAAUGGUUUCCUCGAACAGCCUGGACGAAGCAAAAGUCCAACUGUCCACACCUUGAUGGGCCAUCGGCCAGGAGCUAAUUUGGGCGAUUACGAUGAUUUAGUUAACGCUCAAAGUGCUAUGCAUCAAUACUCAAUUCCACCUCAAUUGGCAUCUUUUUAUCGUUCAAAAGUAAGGCAACAACAUCAACCCCAACAGCAUCAAUACCACCCACAACAACAACAGCAACAACAUCAACAAAACCAACACCAACACAACCAACAACAACAACAACAUCAUCAACAGCCCCACUAUCCAUCAGUGGCUUCAUCAUUUGCCCAAGAAAGUGUCAACAAUCAACAAUAUCAACCAGCACCCUCACAAUCCCCACCGGGACGAUUACCAAUCGACGAAAGGUCCAUCGAUGGAAGAUCAAAUCGUCCACAAAGCGAAUCUUAUCUAAUCAAUGCAAAUGAUACCAAUGGUCAGUAUACAUCGGAGGUUUUGGGUCGUAUCUUUGGCUCGUCGGGGUCGUCGAGGUCAAACUGUGGUGUUUUAAGAACUUGUUGUCGACUUUUACCCGAUUAUCCGGCCACUUAUGAGGUUCCAAAUCAAUUGUUACAACCGCAAUCACUUUAUCCAAUGGCCGCUUCUCAAGAUAAUUAUUUACCCUCUGUACCCUACAAUCAACCACCUCCGAACUCUUACAACCAGGGUGGGUAUAACUUGUAUGGUUCCGGUGGUCCUAAUGGUCAACACCAUCCUGGUCAACCUUCAAAACGAUUCCAGCCCAAUACUGAUGUAUCAAUGGUUCGUCCUAAACCUUAUGGUCAACAAAUUUAUCCUGGAAAUGGACAUUACACUGGUGGUCGACCUGUAAGACCUUCUAUUAAAAAUCAUCAGCCACUUCCAAUUAGACCCAUUAGACCGACUUAUACCGAAUCAAUCGCUCACCAUCAACCUCCUCCUCCCUCACCUUCACAUCAACCUGGUUCUUAUCCUCAUCAUCAGUCAUCCUAUCAACCUAACGCACCACUGACCGGUCCUAAUUCAGCUUCAUCGUCUGAUGGAGCUUAUGGCCAAUGUGGCAUAAGAAAUGCUGUCGGUAUUCAUGGUCGAGUUCAGAAUCUUCAAUAUCACAAAUCGUCAACUGAAUUUGGUGAAUACCCUUGGCAAGUAGCCAUUCUUAAGCGUCUUGGACCCGCCGAUAGCCUUUAUGUUUGCGGUGGUACUCUCAUCUCUAGUCAAUGGAUUGCAACCGCCGCUCAUUGUAUUAAAAGUAAUCGCGCUGAAGAUUUGAAAGCUCGACUUGGUGAAUGGGAUGUUCAUCGAGAUGAUGAAUUUUAUUCGCACGUUGAAAAGUUUGUCGAUGAAAUCAUAAUUCAUCCUGAGUAUUAUCCAGGUAAUCUAAUCAAUGAUAUCGCACUGAUCCGUUUAGAAUCACCUGUUGAUCUCAGUUCACCUCAUAUUGCACCCGCUUGUGUACCUUCAACUUAUGAAAAUUUUGCUGGUUCUCGAUGUUGGGUUACCGGUUGGGGUAAAGAUUCAUUCGGUACUCAAGGUGAAUAUCAAUCGGUAUUGAAAGAAGUUGAUGUUCCAAUACUUUCACACUCUGAUUGUGAACAAACACUUCGACAAACUCGCCUUGGGCACCAUUAUCAACUUCAUUCCGGUUUUCUUUGUGCCGGUGGUGAACCAGGUAAAGAUGCUUGUGAAGGUGACGGUGGAUCACCUCUAGUCUGUGAUGUCGGUGGUGUUUGGAAAGUUGCUGGUCUAGUCUCAUGGGGAAUCGGUUGUGGUCAACCAGGCGUACCCGGUGUCUAUGUUAACGUUGCUCAUUACAACCAAUGGAUCGACUCAAUCGUCGGUAAAUAUGGUAAAAGUGGCCUAGACUCUUCAUCAUCUUCAUCCAACAACUUACAAGAUCCUUUCGGUGCUGGAAUCAUCAGUGAACGAAGUAACAAUUUAACACCCACCAAACACUCAAAUGGCACCACCAUCAUACCCGCGGCUUCAGCCUCAACGAUAAGUGACCUUAGACUGCAACGAUCUCAACAAGAAAGUGCCACCGUUACCAUGAAACCAAUGACCACUUUCGAGCCAAUAAAAGCCGAUGAAUCUUAAACUCGAAUCAUUUUUCUUCUAAUCAUACGAUAUCAAUCAUUUUUCUCACUAAUUUCUAAUUGUUGUUGAAUCUUCAUCACCAAAUUAACUCUAUUUUUCUAAUAACAACAUUUAAUUUCUCGUUCUCGUGUUCAAUCAACAACAAUUAACUAUUUUCUCUAAUUAACCUUCAAUAUCUUCACAACUGCCUUCUUAAUUGAUGCAACUUAAUGUUAAUUGUUAUUAAUGAUAUUACUUUUUGUCGAUACUCUCUUUUAAUUGUGAUCAAUCGCAUCACUAAUUGUAAAUUGUUAUAAAAGAGAUGGAAAAACUUUGUAUCUUCUUUGAGAAGAAAUUUUUUGUUCAACUAAUUCAAAUCACAUUAUAAAUAAAUUGUAUCUUAUGUAUUUCUU